AUGACCACGGCAAGGUACAACGUCCGCUUCGGCUCCGCCGUGAUCGACACCACGGUCACCAGCGACAACGCGGCUGCCGACGAGUGGGUCCGCAGCGUGCGGGCCUCCAACGCCGACGGCCGCGGCCUCAUCGUGGGGCUCGACUGCGAGUGGAAGCCCAACUACCACUCGUGGACGACCUCGAAGGUGGCCAUCCUCCAGCUCUGCGUCGGCAACACCUGCCUCGUCCUCCAGAUGUUCUACGCCAGCCGCGUCCCCGCGGCCAUCAGGGCCUUCCUCGGCGACCCCACGGUGCGGUGCGUCGGCAUCGGCGUCGGUGAGGACGUUGCCAAGCUCGCGGACGACUACGGCCUCGUCUGCGCGGCGCCCGUAGACCUGGAGGCCCGCUGCAACCGGCACCUCGGCAUCGGCGGCGGCCUCGGCAGGACCAGGCUGGGGCUCAAGGGCUACGCCAGGGAGGUGCUUGGGCUCACCAUGGAGAAGCCGCGCCACGUCACCAUGAGCAACUGGGAGAAGCGCCAGCUUGACGUGGCGCAGGUGCAGUACGCUUGCAUCGACGCCUACGUCUCCUACAAGCUGGGCGAGCGUCUCCUCGACAACUGA